AUGCUUCGAAAUGCUGCCAACGCAGCUCGCAAAGCUGUUACAGAGCUGUCGCAAUAUCCCAAGCCAGGCGACAAGCUUCAUGGCUUCACCCUUGUGCGCUCCAAACAUGUCCCUGAGUUGGAACUGACGGCAUUGCAUCUGCAACACGAUAAGACUGGUGCUGACUACCUGCACAUUGCUCGAGAAGACAGCAACAAUGUUUUCUCCAUCGGCUUUAAGACGAACCCUCCGGACGACACCGGUGUUCCGCAUAUUCUCGAGCACACGACUCUAUGCGGUAGCAACAAGUAUCCCAUUCGCGAUCCCUUUUUCAAGAUGCUACCCCGGACUCUUUCCAACUUCAUGAACGCCUUUACAGCCUCCGACCACACUUUUUACCCGUUUGCGACCACAAAUGCGCAGGACUUCAAGAAUCUCAUGUCUGUAUAUCUGGAUUCUACCUUGCAUCCACUGCUUAAACAGUCUGAUUUCACCCAAGAGGGGUGGAGGAUUGGGCCCGAGAACCCUCUUGGAGAGACUGCCGAGAGCAAGAAACUGGUGUUUAAGGGUGUGGUGUACAAUGAAAUGAAGGGUCAAAUGUCGGAUGCUGGGUAUCUCUUCUACAUUCGUUUCCAGGAUCACAUAUUUCCGGCUAUCAAUAACUCAGGUGGCGACCCUCAAAAGAUUACCGACCUGACUUAUGACCAGCUCAAAAAUUUCCACGCCAACCACUACCACCCUAGCAACUCCAAGCUGUUUACCUACGGUGACAUGCCCUUGUUUGACCAUUUGCAAGAGUUAGAUGCUAGAUUGCAGGCGUUUGCAAAGAAAAAUAUCGACGAAGAAAUUCACCAACCAAUAGACCUUGAUGGCCCUUACGAAGUCACACUCAAGGGCCCCAUGGAUCCCCUUGUCGACCCUGAUCGUCAGUAUAAGACUUCAGUGUCAUGGAUCACUGGAGAUACUACUGAUGUCGUCGAGUCUUUCUCCAUCGCAUUACUCUCUACCCUUCUGAUGGAUGGCUAUGGCUCGCCUCUCUAUCGCGGCCUAAUCGAGACUGGCAUGGGAGCUGACUGGAGCCCGAAUGCGGGAUAUGAUAGCUCUGCCAAGCGAGGAAUUCUUUCCAUUGGCCUGACUGGAGUCCAAGAAUCCGAUGUUCCCAAGCUGAAGGAAACAGUCCAAGGAAUAUUGAAGCAGGCUCGUGAUAAUGGCUUCGACAAAACUAAGAUUGAUGGGGCGUUGCACCAAUUAGAGCUGUCUCUGAAGCACAAGACCGCCAAUUUUGGGUUCUCUAUGCUCAAUAGACUUAAGCCAAAGUGGUUCAAUGGAACCGACCCGUUUGACUCUCUCGCCUGGAACGACACCAUCUCAGCAUUCCGGGCGAAGCUGGCCGAAGGCGGUUAUCUCGAGGGUCUUAUUGACAGGUACCUACUUAACGACAAUACCAUGAUCUUCACAAUGGCACCGUCUAUUACUUUUGGAGAGGACCUUGCAAGGGAAGAACAGCAGCGUCUUUCUUCCAGGAUUGAUGAUGCUAUUCAGAGCGCUGGGGGCGAGGAGAAGGCUCGACAGAAGUUUGAGCAGCAAGAGCAGGAGCUUCUUGUCGAGCAAAAUAAGACCAAUUCCGAAGAUCUCAGCUGUCUGCCGACUGUCCACGUGAAAGAUAUUCCAAGAGCGAAAGAGCCAGUAGUUGUGCGUGACGAAGUUCAAAAUGGCACAGCAAUUCAAUGGCAUGAGGCACCCACGAAUGGAUUGACCUAUUUCCGUGGCAUCAAUACCUUGGAAAAUUUACCCGACGAUCUUAGAGAACUUGUUCCUCUCUUCACGGAUAGCAUUAUGCGCCUUGGAACUAAGGAUAUGGCCAUGGAGCAGCUCGAGGACCUGAUCAAGCUGACCACUGGCGGAGUCUCUGUGGGAUACCAUUCCACUCCAUCACCCACCGACUACAGUGCAUCUAGCGAAGGCAUCGUUUUUACUGGCAUGGCCUUGGAUCGAAAUGUCCCUGUCAUGUUCGAUAUUCUCCACAAGCUAGUCCUAGAGACGAAUUUUGAUGCUCCUGAGACAGCCCUCCGUAUUAGACAGCUGCUCCAAGCCUCCGCGGAUGGCAUUGUUAACGAUAUUGCCUCGUCGGGCCAUCGCUUUGCUGUGGGCUAUGCUGAAUCAAGCAUUACACGAAGCGCAUGGCUACGCCAACAAGUUGCCGGUCUUUCCCAGGUUAAACUAGUAACUCGGCUAGCCGGGCGCCCAGAGUCCGAUCAGUUUGAAGACGUCAUCAGCAAAUUGAAGCAAAUCCAACAGUUUGCCCUGUCAAGCGACAACAUGCGAACGGCAAUCACCUGUGGUACCGAGAGCGUAACCCAAAACUCUAACUCCCUCCAGUCCUUUAUGAAGGCUCUCCCUCAAGGUGUUUCGGAUUUGAAGAACCCGGAGCCGCGGAGACUCCCCACUGACCGCAAGACUUUUUUCCCCCUACCUUAUCAAGUAUAUUAUGGAGGAUUGUCUGUACCGACAGUGUCCUACACGGCGCCUGAUGGCGCGCCGCUUCAAAUACUCUCACAGCUCCUCACCCACAAGUACCUGCAUCACGAGAUUCGCGAGAAGGGCGGAGCCUACGGUGGUGGAGCCAUGUACAAGCCGCUAGAUGGUCUGUUUGGCUUCUACUCUUACCGUGACCCUAAUCCCCAAAAUACCAUGAGCAUUAUGCGAAAUGCGGGCAGGUGGGCCGUCAAUAAAGAAUGGUCGGAUCGUGAUCUAGAGGAGGCCAAGAUUUCAGUCUUCCAGGCCGUCGAUGCACCUAAGGCUGUCAACCAAGAGGGCAUGGGCAAAUUCCUCUCCGGCAUCACGGAGGACAUGAGACAAAAGAAGAGGUAUCAACUCCUGGAUGUGUCAAAGGACCAGGUCAAGGAAGCUGCGCAGAAAUAUCUCGUAGACGCAAUAGAAAGAGGUGAGGAGCGUACGGCUUUCCUCGGCGAGCGUCAGUCAUGGGUGGAUGAUUCGUGGAAGACGCAGGAGAUGAAUGUCGCAGUUGGCGAAUGA